GCUCUGAGUACGAUAAUCUGGCAGGGGUCGCCGCGCGCUGCUCACGUGUCGCGCCGCGGGAUGUAAACAACACGGCGGCGGUGACGGGAGGACGGCGGCCCGGACACUGGACUACCUCACACACGCCACGCCGGGGACACGCAGGCACGUCACUCAACUCUUCACCCACCCUUACCCCGCUCCACCCCACCAUGAGUCCCGGUGGGGGUGUGGGGUCCCCGGCCCCUUGGGUUCGCCCCUCAGAUGUAAUGCGCUCCAGACUCAAGGCCAGGAAGAAGCUGCUGCAGGCGCGGAUAUCAGCCACACCCCUGCAGGUCCUGGCACCCUCAUCCUCACCCUUUGGCUCCUCCUCCUCUGCUUGUGUGGGCACUGUGGGGGUGAAGAGGAGGAACCCAUUUAAGUCCUCUCCCAACAAGAAGCAGUGCCAGCAGCUCCACAGUGCAAGCGCUGAGGACGACACCACGGAUGCCACCCUAUUCCAGCUCCUCAACCCUCCCCUGUCAUCCACCGCCAGCACCAGCACCACCGCCACCCACGGCCCCACCUCCUUCACCAACCUGAUCAAGGGGGGGGAGGUGGUGGUGGGGGAGUCCAAGACCCCAGAGACCCCCUGGGCAGACCACCUCCCCCUGGACUGGUGCCUCAAGUCUCGCCUCCGCUUCAAGUGCAACAAACCGCUGCCAUGGAAACACAACUUCAAGACAUCGGAGGAGGCGUCCGGCACCACAGGGUUUGUGCGGUGCCUGGCAGGGGGCCUGGACGAAGGGUAUGCUGGGGGGGAGGGGGGGGAGAGGACGCUGGACACCUCUGCCAACGCCCAGUUCUACCAGCGCUGUCUCGUGUGGCAGCAUCCGGCACUCCCCUGGCUGGGCCCCCUCUUCCCCCGGCACCCCCACCGACGCACAGCCCCCCCCGGCACUGUGGCACCUCACCCCAAGAUGGUGGAGGCGCUGCAUGCUGAGUGGAGCGAGAGUCUGCGUUCCCUGCACCAGCUGCUGAGGGUGCGGCAGUGUCCCUUCUUCUACGUGUGCGGCUCGGCCUUCACCGUGCUGUUCAGGGCGGCGGGCGUGGCGGGCAUCUCCCAGGCUCACGCCCUCAUCACCCCCACCACCAGGGGGCUGCGGGAGGCCAUGCGGGCAGAAGAUAUUGAGUUCAAGAUGCCAUUCCACAACACUGAGAAGGAGGAGGCAGAGGAGGAGGAGGAGGAAGCGGAUGUGAAGAAGGAAAAGGACGAGGAAGCGGAAGAUGAUGAUGAGGAGGAGGAGGAAGGGAAGGGAGGAGCGACGUCAUGGCUGGAAGACUUGGGAGUGGAGACGUCGCAGUUUCCGAACCUGAACCCCAACAGAGCGAAAGUAGAGCGUGAGAAGCUGCGUAAUAUUGACUCCCGGCCGUCGUCGCUGGUGUACGUGGAGGGGAUGGAGAUGCAGGCACUCAUCAACUUCCUCAUCAACAGCAAGAGUUGCGUGCCCAUCACCGGGGAGCUGGCCGGUGUGCCGCCCACCCUGCUGGCGCCCGUGGCCUUCCAGGGGGCCACGCUGCGGCCUCUCAAGGUGAAGGGCGGGCUAGUGCGGCAGGGCGGAGCGACGUACCACAGCAUGGAGGUGAGCGGCCCAGUGCUCCCACACACCGUCCACCAGCUGGCAGCGCUCCUCUACCAGGCGGUGGACUCCUUCUCCCUCUCCCUGUGUCCUGUGGUGUCUAGUCUCCCCUUUGCCCUCCACACACACCGGGAGUCGACCACAGCACCCCAGGCCUUUGCCCAGGAGGGUUUGGUGGACUGUGGUCUGGACGCCACCACAAGACAGCUGCUGUGUGCCCCCACCCCGCCCCACCCUCGCCUGCCCCCUACCUACCGGGAGGUCACCUGUGAGGCUGGGAAGUACACCUGGUCUGACCAAUGACGCUGGCCAUGCCCUAGUCUACCGAUGUGCCUUCCCGGUGUUCUUUUUACCUCGGUGGCAGCUAAUGUACAAAAAUUUAGCUUUGUUUUACUUUUGUGACGACCGCCAGAAUGUUUAUGGUGGUGACAGAUGACACUGACGCUGCUGUUCAGUCCGUCAGUCUUCAGUGUAAUUGUUUUUACCUUAUAGUGGUUAGCAGAAACUUUAGUCACUUUUUUAAGCUGUCCUCAACCUCUACUAGUGUUGACAUGCAGCAUUGUAGUCACUUUUCAUGCUGUCGUUAGUUCUUGUUGCUUCAUAGACUGUCCUACUUGACGCCUGACACACUGGUUCAGCCAAGAAUUUCCCUUAUGUAAGCCGUCUUAGGUAAGGUUUGUUAAGAGUUGCAGCUGCUCGAUACUGUCUCUGGAUGCUUGAUAAGUGUGACAAGAGCCUUCAUUUGAUGCUGUCUUUCUUUAGUGUUGUGUGCAUGUACGGGAAUGUGACGAGUUAAGGCGUGUGCUCAAUACUAACCUACCGCACCAGAACCACAAACACACGUUCACCAGUUACAUCAAGACUGUUCUUGUGGGUUUGAGGGAUUCUGGAAAGACUGUUAUGAAAGGGAUGGAACUGUACCGUAUGAAGAAUGAGUUUAAGAAAGAAGUAGAGUUCAGAUCACCUUGACUGUCACUUUUUGUGUCUAGUUGUGUGUGUGUGUAACAAGAUUAUGUGCCUUGUAUGAAAUUUUAUACAUGUUAGGUUUAAGAUUCAUUUUAGGGGGCUACUUUGAGUAUUUGAAAAAGGAGAAUGAAUAUUUACAUUAAUAUAUAUUUAUUCUACUAAUGCAAGCUAGUUGUAGAGAAUGUAAUGAAUGGAUAUGGACUAAUAGUUUUUAAUUAUGGACACUUGGUUUGGUGUAGAAAGCUUAAGAUAUACUCAUGUGUGGAUGGGGUUUUCAUGUCUAUAUAUAGCUGGCAAUGCAGAGAUGGUAUUGCAAUGUGAAUCACAGGUAUAAGCAUGAGUGGGUAAUGCAGUAUGUCACCAAAAUGAGGGUAUGCAUGUGUAUGGCAAUGAGAAACAUAAUACAGUGUCUGUGAAAAGGAGAUAGGGAAGUGUGUGUAUGGCAGUGAAGAGAAACAUGACAGGGUGUGAAGCAAGAAGCAGUCACACAGAAUCCUGGCCAGUACGUGUUGGGCUGACGGAGACCCUUUGUGUCAUCCAGAGUUCAUAGACGUAACUAAACAAAUCCUUAUUAUUUGAAGGAUUGUGCUAACUGUUGACUUUCAAGGUAAUUCAACAAUUGCCAUUUAAUGUUGUGCAUAAACUAAUACUUUACGGGACUGUGCUGACCCAACAAAAAAACUGUCUUCCUAUGUGACUGACUACUAUUUAAAAUCCUGUUGAAGAGUGGUUGUGUGUGUGGUAAUACAAAUACAAUGGUUGUGUGAGAACCAUUAUUAUUAGUGCACUAACGAAAAUCUGAAAAUACAAUUCCUUAGAGGAAAAGUAACUAGAAAAUCUAUUUUGAAGUCAUGGCCUAAAAAUAUAUAAUUACAUUUACCAAAUGCUCAAAUAGUUUUUUCUGCAAAUUUUUAAUACCAAAUAAAAGUGUGG